AUGGCGGAGUCCCGGGUCAUCAUGGAGGAGCUGUUGGCUCUGUGUCUCCAGAGGAUCACCAUGGAGGAAAACAGUCUGAGUGUUGAGCAGGAGAUGAUCAAGGUGGUGAAAAACUUUGAGGAGGUCAGAAAGAAAUGGCUGCAUGCCGAACUGGAGCUGAAGACGUACAAAGAGCUGCUGGUGAAGUCUGAUGUGGCCAAAGCUGCUCUGGAAGUGAAACUGAAACACGCUCGCAACCAGCUCGACGUCGAGAUGAAGAAACGCUACAAGGUGGAAGCCGACUACCAGUACCUGCAGCGGCAGAUGCAGCUGAUGUGCGACAUCCUCGUCCAUGACAGUAAAUCCAGCGCCUGUCUGAACGACGAGCAGAAGUCUCUCUUAGCCACGUUUGAGCACAAAGGGGCCAACACAACGCUGCAGAGAAGUAACAGGCGGCUGUCGGUGAUCGACGAGUCAUCCUUCCUGUCUCACUCUGACAUCAGCUACGAUCGCACAGAUGAUGAUGUGGAUUUGGACACAACUGUGAUCAAACCACUGAGAUCUCGAGCCAGAGAGAGGAGGCGCUCCUCGAUGGGUCUGCCUGUUGGCGCUCCAGUCAGGAAGCGAAGCAGAGGUGGGAACAUAUCUUCAGAGCUUCUGGAAAGGAAAACCAUGGAGAAGGAGGUGGAGACCAUUGUGAAGGCAUCCAUCAUUUCUAAUGACAGUGGAGGUCAGGUUCACAUGGUGGUGGGAAUCACUCAGGAGACCCCUGAAAACCCUCCUCAAACCAUCAACCAGGAGUGCACUGUUUCAGGAGGAGACCAAACCUCGGUGUGGUUUCCCUGCGAAUACUCCAUCGUCGAGCCUGAACCUGAAGCUCUGGUCGAGGAGAAAGUUGUGAACAUCAGCAGAGAUCCAAAAACCUUCAAACACAUCUUUGUGUCAAAGACGGUUAUCCGUCCAGAGACCUGCAUGCCAUGUGGGAAGAGGAUCCGCUUUGGGAAGAUGGUGGUGAAGUGCAGGAACUGUCGCAUAGUUGCUCAUCCAGAAUGCCGACAGAAGCUUGCCAAUGGCUGCUCAGGCUCCAACACCAUGGCAGGAAGUGCAACUCAAAUGGCAGCUAAGGACUCGUUGGAGGACUUUGCUCCACAGACUCAUCCCCGAGUGCCUCAGCUGAUCGUGGACUGUGUGGCAGAGAUUGAAAGGAGAGGGCUGCAGGAGAGAGGCCUGUACAGAAUUCCUGGAGGUGAGCGUCUGGUGAAGGAGCUCAGAGACUGCUUCCUUCAGGGGAAACCUGCUCUGAUGCUCAGUAAAGUCCAGGAUGUCCAUGUGGUCUGUGGACUUCUGAAGGACUUCUUGAGGAAGCAGAAGGAACCUGUGAUCACCUUCAGGCUGCACAAGACCUUCAUGGAGUCAUCAGAGCUGGCUGAUGAAGACAACUGCUUGGCCAUCAUGUACCAGGCCAUAGCAGAGCUGCCAAAGGCCAACAGAGACACACUUGCCUUCCUCAUGAUUCAUUUACACAAGGUGAUGAGGAGUCCUCAGUGCCAGAUGGACCAGAAUAACUUGGCCCGGGUGUUCGGACCCACCAUAGUGGGUCAUGGAACGUCUGAGCCGUCACCCAGCACCAUCAUGAGAGACACCAACACUCAGCCGAAGGUCGUCUGCCGCCUGUUGUCCAUCCCUGAAGACUACUGGAGGGGCAUCCUCAUGGGCCAAAUCCCCUCCUCAUCCUCCACUAGCAAGAUCAACCAGAAUGAAGGAAACUGUCGUUUUUUUCAGCCACUGACGUCUCCAGAGUUGAACAGCUACUGCCGAACCACCAACAGAAGAUCUGUGAGAGGCCGAGUCAGGAACGCGGCCAACAUAGGUCGACCUGAGCUGGCAAGGAAGUUCUUCACAUCUCCCAGCUAACUGGCUCAAAACCCUUAGCUGUCCAACCACGUGCUAAUGCUACAGAGUGCACUGAUGGUCAGUUUUAUGC